GUAAACUUCCUCUGCCACGUCCGAGCUCCCACUUCCUGUGGAGCUCAGCAGCGAGGACAGCGGCGGAGAGCGGGGACACACGUGAAUUAAUGAACGAACUGCCAUGCUGCCCAGACUCCCUUUCUGUCUCCUAAUUUCUCUGCCAGUUCUCCUGGUGCAAGGGAGCGCCGCUAAUUCAUCCAAGAAGAGCCCCGAUGCCCCAGCCAGCCCAGUACCUCACCCUCCACCUCCUCCUCAGGGUGACCCGACCUGGACCCUAGGUCUGCGGCUGUACCGGGCCCUCCGCUCUGACUCAAGCGCAGGAAAUAUCCUCUUCUCUCCUCUGCUGGUGGCCUCCUCGCUGGGAGCACUGGGGGAAGGUUCAGCUGGUAACACUGCCAGCCAGGUCCGAGAUCUCCUCAAGCCACCGUCCCCCAUCAAGGCGGGGACACAGGUUCUGGAACUUCUGUCCGAGGCAUUGAAGAGCUUCGGUGAAGCUAACGGGACCAGCUUUCACCUGCGUGCGUCCUCAGCUGUGUUUUCAAAGCAGGUUCCUCCAGUCAACCAGGCCUUUGUGAAGCAGAGCCAGACUAGGUUCAGGGUGCAGCAUCAGGCUCUGGGGAAAGGAGACACAAAGGCUGACCUGAAGCAGCUUCAGGAUUGGGCUAAGGCUGGCCUUAGUGGACUGGAAGGGGCUCCUUUGGAGGCAGAAAUCAAGGCUGGGGCUGGAGCUUUGAUCCUAACAAGUGCAGUGCAUUUCAAAGGGCUGUGGGAGAGAGAGUUCAGUGAGCAUAAAGCAGAUCGGCGUACCUUCUUGGGGAAGAAAUACACCAAAGUGGUGAUGAUGCACAGAGCAGGUUUGUACCGGUUCUAUGAAGACACUGACAACAUGGUGCAAGUUCUGGAGGCCCCUCUGUGGGGAGGCAAGGCCAGAGUCGUGCUCUUGCUGCCCUUUCACGUCGAAAAUCUGGCUAGGUUGGAAAAGCUGCUGACCCUGGAGUUGCUGUCCAAGUGGCUGGAGAAGGCCAGUGUAACCAGUGUGGCCAUAUCUCUGCCCAAGGCGAACAUCACGUGCACGCUCAGUCUGCAGAAACAGUUGUUUGCUCUGGGCUUGACCGAUGCCUGGGACCAGACGUUGGCUGAUUUCUCUGGGGUGUCGGACAAGAGCAAAGGAAAGAUUCACCUUGGUGGGGUCCUCCACUGGGCUUCCCUGGAGCUGGCUGCUCAGGCAGGGAAAGAAGAUGCUGAUCUAGAGGAGGAGCACAUUGAUAAGCCCAAGUUGUUCUACACUGAUCACCCCUUCAUUUUCUUUGUUAGAGACAGCACUACCGGAGCCCUGCUGCUGAUGGGAGCUCUGGACCACGCAGAGGGGGAGGCGUUCCAUGAUGAACUGUAGCAUCCUCCUGUGCUCUCCUUCUUUUUCUUAUCUUUCGUGUUGCUUUCCUUUUCGCAUCCCCUCUCAAAGACUGCACACCCCGGUUUCUGAGUCGAGACAUUGUCAUUCACUGUAGCACACUAUCACAUCAGACUACGUCUGGCUGUCAUACUUUGACACCGCGUAGUCUCACACUGACUGACACCGACACCACCAUACCCGACAGAGUCACACACGCAUAGCAUCACCAACAUGGCAUAUAGAGCAAAAAUACUGUACAAGACAUUACUAAAGUUGACGGAUACAGCAAAAACACUAACUUUGAGAGACUCCCUGCUGCCACACACACACACAAGGACUCAGUGAUCAAGUCAACACAAUGCAAGAAGAUGACAAGCAUGACAAACAAGGGUGCACUGACAAACACUAACACGGCGACAAGUACAAGUGGUUAUACUGACACAACACUUAGUUGAACCAACAAAGAACCAACAAACAGAAACUCGCAGUGACACUUGAAACUUCCCUGUCAGGGCAGGUGUGUGCGUGUGUGUUUGUGUGGUGACCGACAGAUCAAGGAUGCCCCUGUGGCCGCUCUCUGAGCUGGCAAGGACCUAUGGCGGGGUCCCCAGGGCUGCAUCCAAGGAAGACUGAUGGUUCAGCCAAGUGCUUAUUGAUGAGCCAGCUUAAUGCUAAUGACUGUAAUGCGUUACAACGCUUGUCAACAACACGGAGAGGACGGGGAACCUUUUAAUCUCUUAAUGCCAUCAGGGAUCAAUGACACCAUUAUGCUGUUGGAAACAAACAAGACUGACAUCGCUUGAUGUGACUGGAACAACUUAAUAUUUAGAAAGGCUCCAGCAGUCUCAUGAGUUAUCAAUGUUCAUUUGAAUUUCUUUUUUUUUUUUAUAACUGUGUUGAAUAAAGGGCAAGUUUUUUUUCAAAAA